AGGGUUGAUAACAUUGGGGUUAUGUGAUGGUAUUUUCUGGACCUGGUCAGAACUCUGGCAGCUGUGUUCUGAACUAACUGUAGUUUGUUUAUUGAUGAUGCAGGACAACCACUAAGCAGUGCAUUACAGUAGUCAAGUCUUGAGGUCACAAAUGCAUGAAUAAGCUUCUCUGCAUCAGCCACACAUAAAGGUGGAAGAAGGCUGUUUUUGUGACAUUUGAGAUGUGAUUUUUAAAUGACAGGUUGCUGUCUUAAAUAACGCCGAGGUCUUUAACUGUAUUUGUUGGAGUAACAGUGCAGCCUUCAACUUGCAGGUCAUAAUCCGAAAUAUUCUGCUCACGUGUCUUUGGUCCGAUAAGUAAUAAGUUCAUCUGUCUCUCUCUCUCUCUCUGUCUCUGCGUGUGUGUACCAGCUGAAGCCAAGUGAGAUACGUUAAGUGUGUGUGUUUUCUAAAGCUCUCUACGGUUUCCUCUUCAGUAAAUUGAAAGUGGGAUCAGCGCUGUUGAAUUGAUCCCUGCUGGUUUCACUCAGUGAGGAUCUGACGAGAGAGAGAGAGAGCUGCAGAAUCUGUGUAUAUGAGUGUGUUUUGUGUGUGUGCUGGUUUGUGUUGGAGUGAAUCAAAUGUGUUGAGAGAGAGAUGGAAUAGAGAAGAAAUGUUAGAUGAAUGACGCACCUGCAUCUCGAUCUCUCUCUGAGCAUUUUUGGUUUAAUAAUUGAGUUCAAAGUCAUUUUUUGGGAAUAUCCUAAACAUAAUUGAUAAUAAUUAUUUGUAAUUAUGUGUAACAACGGCUUUUAGAGAGAGAGAGAGAGAGAGAGAGAUGAACAGAUCUGUGUAAAGAGGAGGAAAGAAUCAUGUGUCUUCCACCUGCUCGUCCAUUCAUUCCUUCACUUCCGGCACAAGAAUGAAGAUGUUUAACAGUGGUCAAGCUGGAAAAAAGGAAAAACAAAAGGUGUCAUUCAGAGAUUCUGAGGCCACAGUCCUUAUGAGACUGAGUUUACUGUCAUAAGACUAAAGGAUUUACGAUUCAAAGCAGAGAAAACGAAUGGAAGAAAACUAGGCUGACUACACUUUUACUAUAACAAAACCAUGAUAAAUAUUUAUAGUUGAGGUUUAAGAUUCAAUCUAGAGCUCACUUACAGAAAUGACCACAACACUGAAUAACUUACAGAAAUGACACCGGCACGGUUGAUGAAAGUGGUUUCUUUUGCUCUGAUUGGCUGGUAAAUGCCUCUUGCUGUUGUUCAGUUCCUGUAUAAAGCGGACGUGUUAAUGAGCCGUGAUGAUGAGGUCAGCGUUGUGGAGGUCAAAGGUCAGGCUGGAGAUUCAACUCAUCAUGGCCUUCAUUGAUCCUUCACCCUUCAGAGAGUGUUUGAGCAUCAUUUGUUUGUUUGUUUGUUUGUUUAUCUACGCUUCUGUUUUUUUCCGCCAGGAUGCAUUGCUGCAGUUGGCCUCCAUUAUUGAUGUCAGCGGCCUUCAGAAGACCAUUAAAGAUGUGCUGGGAGCCAUCCUACCAAACACGGAGUCCGUGUGUUUGUACCUGUUGGAGGCGGAGUCUCGACUCAGAUGUGAAGAUCCGCCCCAUGAGAUCCCAGCAGAGGGAACGCUCAGAGAUGCAGUUAAACAGCAGAAGAGAAUCCAGUGUGCUGGUCUGCCGUCAUCAGGACUCCACGAGAAACACACCAACUCACUGGCCGCUCCAUUACCACCUGAUAAACGAGUGCUCAUCAUGCCGUUAGUUGAUGAGGGGACGGUGACAUCAGUGAUUGUGCUCUGCUGUAAAACUCUGACAGAACAAGACGAACAAAACCUGAACGUCCUGGAAAAACACCUCACUGUGGCCUGUAAACGGGUUCAACACAUGCAGAGAUGCUCCAAACAGCCCCGCGCUCUGACCCACAAUGCACCAGUGGAGGUCAAAGCCAGCACACGACCGGAGGACUACAGAGAACUCGACCGCAAGAUCCUACAGCUGUGUGGUGAGCUGUGUGAUCUAGAUGCCGCAUCUCUACAACUUAAAGUCAUCAAAUAUGUGAGUAUAUCAAUCACAGUCUUCUGUCCUAAAAGCUCUGGGUAAUGUGUGUGUGUGUGU